UUCAGUCCUGCCCCUCUUGGCAUGUCGCACUCUUCCUCCGGCCGCUCACAGCGUCGACGUCUUGAGCUGUCGCCGCCUGCACGCUCGCGUGCCGCCUCCUCGUCGUCCUCGUCAUCUUCGUCGUCGUCGUCCUCCUCGUCGUCGCCUUCAGUGCACGGCGAGGCUUAUCCCUUUGGCGGCCCUUUAGAGCGAUGGAGCGAGGAUCUCAAGGCUGUCUGGAUCCGCGCCAUUGCAGAGCAUUCCGGACCUGCCUGCUGGUUUGCUCAUCCGUGGAGGCGAACGAUGACCCCGGGCGACGGGCCAAAAUUGGCGCACUGCGCACGCAAAGCCUGGCGUCGCUGCCCUCGCUCGCUCGAGUGUGUACGGCGCGAUGCUCAUGACCUGCGCGACGAGUUCUUCGCCUUCAAAGAGCAGGUGCCCGCGCAUCUCUUCGGCACGCCAUGCGCCGGCUGGCCAGCACACCUUCUCGAUCAUCUGCCGUCGUGGUGGGAGGAGUACUACCGCCUCCUCUACCUGCCGCACAGCGCCGAUCAGGACGUCAAGCUCGAGCGCGGCUCGCAGGGCUCGAGGCGCAGCAGCGGCCAUGCCUUCAACAUGCACCAAGGCUUCUCUCUGGCGGGGCGCGGAAUCGAGAGCGAGCCGUUCUUGGUGGAGGACUCCGAGGAGGAUCACGCCAACUCGGACUACGAGAUGGACGAGGUGGACACAAGCUCGGAUCCGGGAGAAGAGGAAGAGUAAGAAGAGCAGAACGCAUCGCCAAGCCCUGCUCC